AUGGACCUGGGUCAGAAAUACGAACAGUUCCGUGAACAUCAGGUGUUCUACAACAAGACAACGCUGGCCAUCCUGAACAGCACGCAAGAUUUGCUACGGUCCCUGACACAGGAGUACGACAAAGUCCGGGAAGAGACCACCAAUAACCGUCGCUCGGACGGUCUUGUGGAAGACGCCAUUAACGAAUUUCUACAGACGCUGCAAAAAAUAGGAUACCUGACGGUGCCAUUGUUAGAUCUACAUAUAGAGAAGCUGAAGGAUCAGUAUAGCAAAGACCAGUCGGCUAUCAUCGGACUGGCUACGAAUUUGGUCAUCAUUGGCCGGACUUUCCCAGCUAACAUCUCGAACAUUGACAGAUACUUAUCGGCUAUAAAGUCCACGUUAUCAGACCUUACAGACGUCACUCGAACCUUGAAGGGGAAACUAUCUGCCAUCGCCAAGCAGUAUAAAGAGGAAGAGAUAGAUAAAACCGACAUGGCCUCCAUAUUUGACAGCAAUGCCAUCCGUUCGUCUUUAGAAAAACUGCGGACGUCGUUCCGCCAUCUUACGUCCCGAUUUGACAGCCUCCUAGCGGCGGGCAUAUCGGUCAGGAAUGUUAUCUAUCCGGUGGAGAACGGUACCAAGGACGUAGACUUCGACCUUGAAUGGCUGGACUUCCCUAAUCUUCAACGGGAGGCGGGAACUAUCAAGGAUUGCCUGGAGGGAAUCGUCUCCAACGUUACGGACUACCAAAAUGAUCUUAAAGAAUAUUUAAAGGGAAAUAAACUGGACGAAAAUUUCUAUGUAAAUAACUACCUUCACCUUGAAGUAUAUUUCACAGAGCUGAGCGAGACAAAAAUCACCCAACACCAAUCUUAUAGUUUCUUUGAUCUCACUUGUGACAUUGGAGGAACGCUGGCCCUGUACACGGGGAUAUGUAUCCUGACGAUAUUCGAGACGGUGGACUUCAUCUUUAACCAUGUGCUUUGUCCUUCAUUAUGAGUAGACAGAUGGAAUCAUAACAUACGCUUACCAGUCCGCUGUGUAUUUUGGAUGACACAGUGAUAGAGAUAAACAUGACAAAUAAAGUCGUUACAUUCGACUGUCCAAGAUAAUAAUAAAGAAACUCAAUUUUCCGCCAUCAAAAGACAUUUCCUGACCGCAAGCAUCCUGGAUGCAAUCACACGGUGAAUGCCGUGAAUUACCAAUCUGCAUAUCCGGGGAAUCUCACGGAAUCUAACGGCUGGAUAUUUGUAAACGAGAGUAUAUAGUGCUACGUGCAUGUGUAAUCGCCCUUUGGGUCACCUGGUUUACCUUGCCUGAGAACGAAGUUGAAACAUUUCAAGUAGUAAUGAAAACGAAGAAUAAGCAGGUAAUGACAGAGGGCCAAGGAGGGGCAAACAACUGACAUUAUUAUAUUCGUGGCCAAACUGAGCUGACCGAGCUUUAUUGUCGAUUAUGCCAAAUCUUCGGCUCGCGAAUCCUAGUGUGUGGAUUUCGUUGCAGACCUGCCGUGGGCAGAUUCCAUGGAAUUAGGGUUUCCGUGUGGCGAAGUUUAAGGGAAACAUUUUUGAACAUUCCUCGUAAAAGUAUUGCAAGAAGGCAACUCUUGAACAGGUAGUGCCGAUGUUCAAUGUCCCUUUCACCCAUUGGUGCAGGUAGAUUUCUGAACUUAAGAUCAUUGAGGACACUUUCACUGAUUACUGUGCCAAAUCCCACAAAUGGUACGAGUGCUUAUUUUCCAAUGAUUUUCUCAUUCGAAAAUGUUCGCGCACAAUUACGCCAGUGUCCCUUCCGUGAAAUGUAGCUUGAACUGGAUUUAAAUACUUCAAAUUACCUGCGCGGGGCUAAAGUGUCUUCGGACAAAAAAAGGCUGACUCUGUGAGAGUUUCUCCACUCAGUGAAUUAGAACAAUACGAGUUUUAACGUCCUGACGAUAAAGGACGUCGACUCCUGAUUUUUAUAUAACUGGAUUUUUUCGGAAAUCAGGCAAGUCAGGAAAGGUGUAUACCUUAGACAUAUGUCCCACAAUUUCAUUGAAAUGAAAGGAAGGGUAAAGCGAAGAUAUUCACCUGAUUAGAGAUAUGCUGAUCCCGUGAUAAAGUUGGGAAGAGUGGUGGCUUACGUUUUUUUUUGUCUACUCUGAUACAGCAUAAUUAAGAUGGUGCGAGUGUCAUAAAUGUCGUUAGACAUCACUUCGCAUCGAGUGAUCCGCUGGAGAUUUAUGUUAUGUGUUUCGUGAGGGUUUGACGCUUUACGUCUCUUGUAAAUACAUCAUGCAUUUUAUGAACCAUACACAUCGCCAUGGUGACGUAAAUGUCAUUUUCAUUAUAAUAUUUUCUUAACCAAUGAGAAAUUGAUGAAUUAUUCCUGAAUUUCGAAAGAUUUCAAACAACACCUGAGGACAAAGUAUUACAUCAAUCUUGAAUUGCGGAAUAAUAAGGACUUACAGAGGCUAUACCGGAAUUUUUGGCAAAAAAAAUCAAUCAGCGCAAAUAUAAUCAAAUUUUGGCUACUAUUUUAAACAGUUACCCUUCACGAAAUAUCGGCCUCGCCUCUGCAAGUCUUAUGGUUCCAAAUGGGUAACGAAGUUCUUAAAAUUUAUGUAGAGCAUUGCGUUUUAACUUUUUAUAAUUUAAGAAUCAUUUAACGGAAUAGAUAGUACAGGUACAAGUUUGAUAUUUACCGCAGACAAUAUUUUAAGCUAUUUUUGGUAAAUACAGAAACUUUGAUUUGAUUAGUAAAUAUGGAAUUUUUGCCAAAGCUUCAGUAUAUCCUCUGCAAUCACUUAGUAUUGGAGCAUACUUUGAAAAUAAUAUAAGACUUGGGGAGAAAGGUGCACUUCACUACACAUAUGGUCUAUGGGAUACCAUGGGAUUGGGUAUUUUUAUAAACAAAGCUGGUGUGUAAUUUUAAAAGCUUCUUAUCACUAACGCAGUGGAAUUGUAGUCAGCUUUCCUUGUAACUGCCAGUUAGGAAGUUAACAUCCAUUUUUGUCGUUUGGGAAGUAAACUGCAGAUAUCCAUCUGGUUUUAUUUUGUCUCUGGCCUCGUCUGUAAACAAUAUUCACUUCAUUACAUUUCGAAGAAAACGCAUAUGUUGAAAAACGCCUGCAAAACAAAUUGCCAAAAAUCUCAAAUAUUG